AUGUCGACGGCAGAUCGACGCAGGCGCGAUUUGCUGAGCAAUCUUCGCCGAAGAAUGGCUUCAGCGUUCGGUUUCGACAGUACUCCAGCCUCGGCCAUCGGAGUCACAUUCGGUGCAUGCUGUUCAAAUGUUGUCGUUCUUGAACAGCUUGUGCGUUUCGAUCCGACUUGUACGUCCCUCGUAACGUUUUCACAAUUCGCCUUCAUCGCCGCCGAAAAAUUCUUUAGCGAAACUAGAUUUUUGACCAAGAGGAGAGCGGUACCUCUGAAGAGAUAUUUGAUGAUGGUCCUGGUCUUCUUCGCAUCCAGUUUCCUGAAUAAUUAUGCCCUGAGUUUCGAUAUCCCAAUGCCACUUCACAUGAUUUUCAAGAGUGCCUCUCUGCUGUCGAAUAUGUUGCUCGGCAUCAUCAUCCUCAAGAGGUCCUACUCCUUGCGCAAGUACUCGGCGGUUGGCCUUAUUACCUUUGGAAUUCUUCUGUGCACCGCCGCUAGCGGAGGAGGCUCAACGUGGUCCGCGGACUCGGCGAAUGACGUCUCUAGGUUCACUUUUACCCAGAUUCUUGGCAUUGGGAUCCUUGUGGUAGCUUUACUCUUGUCAUCGAUGAUGGGCAUUCUCCAGGAGCAGGUGACGGCUGACUACGGAAAGCACCCUGGCGAGAUGAUGUUCUACAUUCAUGCGCUGGCUCUUCCCGGGUUCCUGUUGUUCUCGUUCCAGAUCAAACGAUCUUUCGAGCUUCUCAUGUCCACAGAAGGCCCCUGGUAUACGGCAGGAAUGCCCACAGGGUUGACUUCGUUGAUCGUUAACGUUGUAACGCAGUACGUCUGCAUAAGUAGUGUCUUCAAAUUGAGCACGGAAUGCACGUCACUCACGGUCACGUUGGUUGUAACAUUGAGGAAGUUCGUCUCAUUAGUUAUCUCAAUAUUUUACUUCGGUAACGAGUUCACAUCGCAGCACUGGAUUGGGACAGCGCUGAUAUUCCUCGGAACGUUUUUAUUCCUCGACUUCCCGAACGAUGUUGGUGUCUCCGGGGAGAAGUCCCAAAAGAAAGAAUCUUAGACGGAGUACUCGCGUCUUCUGACCUAUUCACCCAUCCCCAUUUUCGUAAAGUCGAGUCUUUCCUCCGGAGCUCAUGGCACAAAAAUAUUAGGACGGAAAUCGCUCGGAGAGGAACAGUGUUCAUAUGAGCGAUGUUGAACAAUGAUGAUGAACAAUGUUCAGUUGUCGUCCGGUCGGAUCUGGAUCAUAACCUUCCAUUGAAACUCGAUGUGUUGGGAAUCAUGCGGGUCGAUACUUAUCUGAUAUAUCUGAGCAAUAUACCUGUACACUUGUACAUCAAGCGGGAUUUUUAUUGUUGUCGACACUUACGAUGAAAUAUAUCUAAUAUAAUAAAUGUU